ACAUAGACCUCUCAUUUGCAGAUAUUCGGAAUACGGUUUUUCAAGAUGUGGAGCUAAAGAAUGUGAAUCUUAAAAAUGCAAUGCUUCAAAAUGCAAAUUUCCGAGGUUCAUGCCUCCAAAGUGUACAUUUUGAAGAUGCAGAUCUCUCAUUUGUGGAUAUUCGGGAUACAAUUCUUCAAAAUGUGAAUUUUGAGAAUGCGAAGCUUCAAAAUUUGAAGCUGAAGAAUGUGAACUUUAAAAAGGCAAUGCUUAAUGCAAAUUUCCGAAAUACAAUUCUUCAAAAUGUGAAUUUCAAGAAUGCAAAGCUUCAAAAUGCAAUUCUUCAAGAGUCAUCCCUCCAAAACGCAUGUUUUAAGGAUGCAGAUCUCUCAUUUGUAGUUAUUCAGAAUACGAUUCUUCAAAAUGUGAAUCUUGAGAAUGCAAAGCUUCAAGAUGCAAAUCUUCAAGACGUGCAUUUUUGGAAUGCAAUGCUUCAAAAUGCAAGUCUUCAAGUACCAGAAAUUCCAUUAAAUGAAAUAGAAAUCUAUGGAAAAAUUGGGAAAGGAGGAUAUGCAAAUAUUCAAUUAGCUCGAUGGAAAUCCAAUGAUUUAACACAGCCUAUUAUACUUAAAUUACUUGACGAACAAGAAGCAAGAUCUUCAGAGGACAUUAUAGCUAAAGUUAUUGAAGAAGGGAAAGUUCCUAUUGCUUCGGAACGCAUCUCUUUUGGAAAAGUUGUCGAAAUAUUGACUAAAGAAAAAGAAUUUCCCUUCAUGGCUAGUGAAGAAGUGUUAGAUAUG